CAGAGCGCAGCUGGACGCGCGGCUCACUUCUCGGACCGAGCAUUUGAGCGUGCGCGCAAGAAGUCAUCCGCGGUCGGGGAGCAGGAGCGCGGGCGCGCGAGCACCAUGGACGCGCCGAGCCUCGGGAAGCCCGGGCGCGCGGCAUCCGCAGAGGCCCCCAAAGGGCCGGCUGGAAGAUGGGCCCUAGCCUGGCGGGGCUGGGGGCCGGUCGAGCUGGUCGUCUUCUUGGCCAACUUCUCGCUGGCGUUGCAGCGGCCGCUCACCCACCAGUACCUGUGGAACCGCCUGGGCGCAGAGGUGGGCUACAACGGCACCAGUCGGGGAGGCGGCUGCAACCACAUUGACCCCAAACAGCAGGAAGUGGAGACCCUGACCUCCCACUGGAAUCUCUACAUCGAGCUGAGCGGCUUCUUCGUGGGGCUCUUCUCGGCUACCCUCCUGGGCCCAUGGAGCGACCGCGUCGGGCGGCGCCCGCUGCUGGUGCUGGCCUCCUUCGGCCUGGUCCUUCAGGUCAUUGUGUCCAUCCUCGUUGUAUCCCUGGAGCUUCACGUUGGCUUCCUUGUGCUGGGCCGCCUGCUCUGCGCCUUCUUAGGGGACUACAACACCCUGCUGGGUACCGCCUUUGCCUCCGUGGCUGAUGUCAGCACCCCUCGCUCCCGCACCCUGCGCAUGGCUCUGCUGGAGGCCUGCCUGGGGAUCUCCGGCAUGUUGGCUAGUAUCACAGGGGGGCACUGGAUCAAGGCCCAGGGCUACAUCAACCCUUUCUGGCUGGCUUUGGCCAUGCUGAUCACCACCACGCUCUACUCGGCCUUUGUGUUCCGAGAGUCGGUGCCCGCUCCGCAGACUGCCUCUCUGUUCACGCUCCGGCAUUACCGCUUGGUAUUCCAGCUUUUUGCAACCCCCGCCCCGGGGAAGUCCAGGAAGCAUUUGGCUCUCUACCUGCUGGCCCUCUUCCUGGUGCUCACCAUUCAUUAUGGAACCUGGGACAUCGUCGUCCUCUACGAGCUGAGCUGGCCCCUGUGCUGGGGCUCUGAUCUGAUUGGCUACGGCUCGGCCGCCCAGCAUCUUUCCUACAUCGUUGGCCUGGUGCAGCUGUGGGCCUUCCAGCUGUGCCUAAGGGACAGCUGGGUGGCGGAGGUCAGCCUUGCCUUCAACAUUGUGGGAAUGGUGGUGUUUUCUUUGGCCAAAACCACGGCGUUGAUGUUUACAGGGUAUGGGAUCCUCUCGUUCUCCUUGGUAGUCACGCCAGUGAUCCGAGCCAAGCUCUCUAAGCUGGUGGAUGUCACAGACCAGGGUGCUCUCUUCUCGUCCAUUGCCUGUGUCAGUGGGAUCUCCAUGAUGUCGGCCACAGGAAUCUUCAACUCCCUCUAUCCAGCCACCCUGAACUUCAUGAAGGGCUUCCCCUUUCUCCUGGGAGCUUUUGUUCUUCUCAUCCCAGCCGUCGUGAUUGGGCUGCUGGAAAUCUCUGACCCACGACCUGAAUACCAGCAAACACUUCACUGAAGCCCCCUGACCCACCCUCUGAGACCCAGCAGGAGAAGAGGUGGAGCUUCUGAUCACUGCUUCAGCAAAUGAGAGCAGAAGGCCAGAGGGUGCUUGGCAGCUGGAGAAGUGUGGACUUCUACCCCAGAGGGAUUUACCCCAAGGCCUUUCUGUCCUCUGAAUAGUCAGCUUAGUUGGUUAGGUACAGCCAGACUGACCCUGGGCAAAAUCAUGGGGAAAAAUACCUCCUUUUUAGCAAAACUGGAAAUAUUAAGAAAUAACAUUUCUCUGACCUAAAAAUCUUCUGCAAACUUGUCUCUUUAGGGGAGUGGGUAGAAUGAAAACCUUUCUGAGGAAAAUGAUCAAGAUCCAGGACUCUUGUUGUUGGGUCUGAUUCUCCAUGACCCCAUUUGGGGUUUUCUUGGCAAAGCUACUGGAGUGGUUUGCCAUUUCCUUCUCCAACUCAUUUGACAGAUGAAGAAACUGAGGCAAACGGGGCAAAGUGACUUGUCCAGGGUCACACAGCUAGUAAGUGUCUGAGGCUGUAUUUGAACUCAGGUCUUCCUGACUCCAGAGCUGCUUCUCUGUCGCACUGGACAUCUAGCUGCCUCAGGGUUAUAACCAAACUUAACUCUGAUCCAUGAUCAUUGUCUUCCCUUAUCCCAUAAAGGAUAAGACCCACCCUAGGGAAGUGCCUUGAAUUCCAUGGAAAGAAUCUCAUUCUGCUAAGAUUCUCUUUGUGAGUUUCUGAGAAGACACCCAUGGAUUCCUUGAAGGGAGUUGGCCAAGGAGGCAAUGAGACUUGGGUUUUGACUCGCUUAUCCAACUAUUCUGGAAUUUUUACUCAAACUAUAUUUUUACGUAUUGUGAUUUUCUACUUCAAGAUUCUUGUAAAUGUUACCUGAAAUCAUUUUGGGACAGAGCCACCAGGGCAGAGCACAAAGGAGACUGCCAGUCUGUACAUUUCUUUCCAAGCUAAAAAUGCUCAGGUGUGAGAUUCAUGUUUGAUUAAAUAAAAUGUUUCUAGCAGAGCUGAUCCUGAAACACAA